AGAACAAUUCAUCACCAGUGAAGAUGGCGUGACCAAAACUGUGAACGAAGAAUAUACAAUUUGGGAGCAGCAAGAUCAGAUGCUGUUUUCCUGGAUUCUCGCAUCGCUGACUGAAUCUCUUCAUGCUCGCGUAAUCCAAUGUCGUCAUUCACACCAACUUUGGAGCGAACUUCACAUUUUCUUUCGAUCACAUAUUAUCGCACGAGCUCGCCAACUCAAGUCUGAACUCUAUAAUACCAGCAAAGGCGAUCGCUCCAUCACCGAUUAUCUCCUGCGAAUUCAACACAUUGUUGAAAAUCUCACAGCGGUAGGAGAACCUAUCUCCUCUAAGGAUCACAUCAAUGUCAUCCUUGAAGGACUUCCUGAAGAAUACGAAGCACUUGUAUCCUCAGUUUCCUCCAGAAGCAUUCUCGAUCCAGUUACUCUCUCUGAACUUGAAGGAUUAUUGUUAGCCAAGGAACUUCGAGUCAGAAAACAACGUGAAUCUUCUCAGCAAAGCCUGCUCUCAGCUAAUGUUGCUCGCCUGGAAAUCUCCUCUCAAACCGAUGACACUACAGCUCAAAAUUCUACAGAAAACUCCUCUGCGUAUGUGGCUCAAUUCCCUAAUUCCAAUAACAAUGUCUCCUUCAGAGGUAGAGGUCGUGGAGGUUCCUUUAGAGGACGUGGAGGUCGAUCUGGAGGUCGCAGUUCAGUUGUUUGUCAAGUUUGUGGCAAAUCAAAUCACACUGCAUUGGUCUGUUAUCACAGAUUUAAUCCUACAUAUACUGCCUCUGUACCUAGUGCUUUACCUGGUGCUGUAACUGGUACCUCUCAAUCAUCAUAUCCUCAGCAAUUCAAUCCUUAUACCCCACAACCUUCAUAUUUCCCACAGAACCAGAACUGGGGUCAUCCUUCAUCUCAAACACCAAAUGCCUUCUACCAAAUGCCUCAAACUCCUGCUAAUUCUCUACCUCAUUCUUACACACCUCAAACAACCUGGAACCAGCAAUCUCAGCAAUAUGUACCUACUGCUGCUUGGGCCUCUACUAAUUCAUCUAUACUUGGACCUCAUCCACAGUCAGCCAAUUGGUUUCCAGAUUCAGGGGCCACACACCAUGUAACUGCUGAUCCUUUGAAUCUGCAGCAUAGUGAACCUGCCAUCACAACUGAUAAGCUUUUCAUGGGUAACGGACAAGGUUUGGACAUCAAGUCUAUUGGUUUCUCUUCCUUUUCCUCUCCUUACAAUCCAUCUUAUACUCUUUUUCUUAACAAAAUUCUUCAUGUUCCCUCUAUCACCAAAAACUUACUUAGUGUUAGUCAGUUUGCUAAAGAUAACAGAGUCUUCUUUGAAUUUCACCCUCUGGGUGCUGAUGGUCUUUACAAGUUUCAGUCUCUUCCUGCUUUUGGUCUUUGUCAAUCUGCCUCUCCAAACAAGUCUUGUAAUAACAUUCAGUCUUGUAAUAGUUCUAUUUCUUGUAAUCAGUGGCAUUUGAGGCUGGGCCACCCUCAUCUUGAGGCUCUAAAAUCUGUAUUGAAACAUUGUAAUGUUCCUACUAUCAAUAAAAGUGAAUUGGAUUUCUGUUCAUCUUGUUGUCUUGGUAAAGUGCAUAGACUACCAUCCUCUCCCUCUACCACCAUUUUUCAAUCACCAUUUGAACUGAUAUUCACUGACCUUUGGGGACCAGCUCCUGUUUUAUCCUUUGAUGGUUAUUCUUAUUAUAUUUCAUUCAUUGAUGCCUUCACAAGGUACACAUGGAUUUAUUUUCUGAAAAAGAAAUCUGAUGCUCUUAUAGCAUUCCAGAACUUUUAUCAGUAUAUCCUCAACCAGUUUUCUGUCUCAAUAAAAGCUGUCCAGUCUGAUUGGGGAGGAGAAUUCAGGUCUUUCACUAAUUUCUUAAUUGAAAAAGGUAUUACCCACAGAAUCAUAUGUCCUCACACUCACCAUCAAAAUGGUGUAGUUGAGAGAAAACAUAGAACCAUUGUUGAGAAGGGUCUGUCUCUCCUAGCCCAUUCUUCAUUGCCUCACAAGUUCUGGGAUACUGCAUUUGCAACCUCAGUUCACCUUGCAAACAGAACACCUUCCAAAUCAAUAGCCAAUUCCAGUCCAUAUUUCAAACUCUAUGGUUCUAUUCCAGAUUACUCCUUUCUCAGAGUAUUUGGAUGUUCCUGUUUUCCCUUUCUCAGACCCUAUAAUAAGCACAAAAUGGACUUUCACUCUGAAGAAUGUGUGUUUAUAGGGUAUUCCACUCAACACAAAGGUUACAAGUGUCUCUCACCUUCUGGAAGGGUCUACAUCUCUAAAGAUGUAGUCUUCAAUGAGUCAAAAUUUCCCUAUCCCACUCUCUUCAACUCUACUAAUAACCAUUCUCACACUACCUCUCCUCCUCAGUCUGCACCACUCACUAUUUCUCAACCUAAUUCUCAGUCUAAUUCAACCUCAUCCUCCAAUACUCUGUCUUCAUCUCAAACUGAGUCUAGCCAGUCAAUUCCUAUACACACCCCAUUACAGUCUCAAUCUUCUCCAUCAGAAUCCAAUUCACAAGCUAACUUACCAUCACAUUCUUCUUCCAGCUCUUCUGCACCAAUUACAUCCUCAUCAUCCUCUUCCCCUGUCAUUCCACUGACUAACACUCACCCUAUGAAAACUAGAGCCAAAUUUGGAAUUGUCAAACCUAGACUUCAUCCUACUUUGCUGUUAGCCCAUGUUGAGCCCACAUCAGUUAAGCAGGCACUAUCUUCUCCCCAGUGGUUUGCUG